GAGCCAGUCAUGGGCUGGAGAACAUUAGCUCUCAGAGGAUAUCUUUUGGGAAUCCAAUUCGGCUUGAUCCAUGGCAUGAACCAAGAAGCCAUGGCUCUGAGGAUUCCGUCAAAGUGCUCUCCAGAGUUCUCCAAGCACGGAUCAUACGCUCUCGACAAAUGUAUGGCUUUUUGCAUGAUGAACUUGGACGAACCAGCUUGCCAUGGGAUCGACAUAGAUUUUGGGCAACAAACCUGCCAGCAUUUGACUUUCAAUUUCACCACCAUUUCAUGCCUAGGCAGCCUUCUCCUGACCAGAAAUCAGACCUCUUCAAAUGAGAUCUAUCUGAAAACUGAACACCUUGGGUCCAUUCAUUCAAUUGAUCGAGCGUUGUACUUUGCCAAUCUCGAGGAUGGCAAGUUGGUAUCAGUAUCUGGCGCAAAUGAAUCAUUGGUCGAUCUGAGCUUUCCCCAAAUCUUAGGUCUAAACCGCAUCGAUAUGAGCAUCGAGUACCAAAAUGGCAUUGUCGCGUGUCAAACAACCACUUUGCAGUGCGUACAUUGGAACUUUGAUGCUGAUGAGUAUACACCCUUCCCGCCACUCAAGCGGGUUCAUAACCAGUUCGAAGAAUUAGCCGCAUUUGGUUCAAAGCUCAUUGUGGUCGGUAAUACACGGACCUACGAUGCUCUGGAAUCGGUUCACAUCUAUGAGCCUAAAACUAGAGAUUGGGUGUUUGGACCCGAUCUUCUGCAUGCUCGCAUCAUGGUGGCCAUUGUCACUCUCAACUCGACCUCAGUCAUGGCUGUGGGUGGCCAAAUCCAUGGGCACGGAUCGCUCUUAUUUCUUGAUCUAAUUUGUUGGCCCUUCAUAACGGUCAGACACUCUGAAAUUGAGAGGGGAAAGCCAAAACUGAGCCCAUUUUUUUAAGUAAAGAACUGAAUCUUAGAUCCAGAAAAGAAAAGAUUUUGCUUAUAAAGUACAGAUAGAGGAGGAGACGUGUUGCAGUGGUCAGCGCAGUUACCUGGUACGAGAGAGGUCUCCGGUUCGAAUCUCCUCCCUGACUUUUCUCAAGGAAACUUUUCGAAGUCAACCCUGUCCACAGAUGAAUAACCAAAACUGAUACGGACACGACAUUGCCUAUCGGAAAAAGUAUGAGGACGAUGUGAUGCCCGGCUAGCUUCGCUGGCCGGGGGAAGCUCAUAUCUCCGACUCUGGCACCCAAAUACGAAAAAAAAUCUAUUCUCGACUUUGGAGCCGAAAACUUCUUUGGGUUAUAAAAAAGUCUGAAUAAGCUAGAAUAGUGAACAGAACAACAACAGCAGAGUACCAUUGAUCCAAACUCUAAGAAAAGUAGUUUCAAAAAGACGGCAC